AUGGAUCCAUCCCCCGAACUCGGUGACUUGCAAUCACCGCCCCCACUACCUUCUGUCACACAUUCUCGUGGUGGCAAAGAACCGGUUCCUCACAAUGCUAAAGUGUUCAGACUGCAUCCACCCCUGUUUGCCGGAGACUUCGAUAACAAGCAGCUGAGAGGCGCCUACUAUUGGCAAGGACUGGAUUGCAAAAAGCCUAAGGAAGCAAGACUUCGUGAUGCUCUAUAUUAUGGAGAGCAGCGCGACCCUCGAUGCACCUUAUGCGAGAAGAACAAUAGAGCCUGUAUGACUAUGCUAGACAGCAAGAGCACUGCAAGUUGCGCUUUCUGUUCCCGUAUGAACUUAUCUUGCUCCCAGGCUACUCACAGUGUUCCAAAGAAAACAGACCGUCUGGUGUGUACAAAUUCUUUAUCUCAAGCAUCGCGAGCUAAGCUGACAUAUUACCAGUACCGACCCAGCUGGAAUGCUCAUAAACGUGCUCUCGAAGACAACAACAGAGAAGGGACGGAGCCACCUGCAAAGCGUACUAGAGCGUCGAUCGGCACAAAGCUACAACGGUCUUCUGCUCAGGACGAUCAACAUGAGUUCCACACACCUGCGGGAUCAAAUGACGGGUCUGUCUAUACCCUUCCCUCUGUACACGACAGUGGCGACGUGGUAUACGAGGGUGAUAAUAUCGACCUCGGCGCUUCUGUGGCUUCAGAGCGCACCGAUGACCAUCACCAGCCAACUGGACAGGUGCAAGCAGACACAAGCAGCGCCAAAAGCCGUUUCCGUCCUGGUAAGAGCACUUCUAAGAGGAAGAAGAAGAGAAGCUCCGCUGUUCGCCCCAUUCGUGGCGCAAACUUAGACUUUGGAGAAGGCCCUCACAAAAACAGCGAACAGAUACCAGUCCAGCAAAGCGCAAACUAUGGCAACAAUAUCUUUAAAGACAUGAGUCGUGUGUCCUCCACUGUGGCAACAGCAAACGCAAAGGCAAACGUAAGUCAGACAGAACGAGUCCAACAGCUCGAAGCCACCUUGCAGGACCUCCAGACCAGGCUAGCAUCCCUAGAGUCCAUGCCAGUAUCGCAAAAGCAUCCGCAGGAGCCAACCACGAAAGCGCUUGAAUCACGAAUUCUCAAGCUCGAAAAGAGAGAGUCGGGUCUGCCCGACGGUGACAUUGGUGACAAAAUGAGGGUUUUGGAGACGGUGAUGGAAAAGGAGAGAAACAUGCGACGGAACAAUGAGAGAAAUAUGGAGGAAAAGAUCCGCAAACAGACCGACGAUAUCGCAGUGCAGCAGAGUGAGCAAGCAGGGCUCAGGGAGAGGGUCAACAACCUGGCGCGGAAGGUCGCCAAUUUCGCCAAUUUCGCCAAUUUCGCCAGAUAG